AUGUGCAUUGUUGCAGGUUGUGACUACUUAGAAAAUGUACGUGGCAUUGGUAUCCAUACUGCCCACAAGCUCGUGACAAAAGAAAAAACAGAUUUCUUAGCUGUUUUACAGAGAAAUCGAUUUGCCCCGUCAGACUACAGUAGUGGAUUUCAAAGGGCCAAGGCAAUAUUUCGUCACCAGACAGUGAUUAAUCCUAUAAAUGCAGAAACCAUGCCACUUACGCCUUGGGGACAAACACCAGAUAAGGAAGCUUUUCUGAACCCUUGUGGAAUGUAUCCAAUUUAAGUAAUUAUAAUUACUCACUAUAAGUGCUCUUGCUCACUGUUUUUUAUCUGCUAUGAUUGUCUGGGCGAGAGAAUUUCUUAUUCUAAAAGAAUUUCUUAUUCUAAAAAAAUAUUUUCAUAAACGAAAUUAAGUAUUUAAAAAGUAGCCUGAGAAUUUUUUGCUGUAUGGCAUUCACAUGGAAUAAUUUACAAUAAUUGGAUUUGAAUUGAUGGUGUGCUGAAAACUGUGUAAAAUCAGAUAGUCAGUUGUUGUACAGUUUCAUUAGAGUGAUUUUCAUGAGACCGUGAAACAGUAUCUAGCAAUUAAUCAAAAUUAGCCAAAAUUAGCUAAAACAAUGAAAACAAUGAAAGAAAGAAAACAUGGAAUUAAUGUCUAAUAGUGUGUACUAGUGCCUACUAACUUAGUAACUGUUUCACGGUCUUUUGAAAAUCAUUUUAUGCAUUUUAAAAAACUAGCUUUUCAAAGAUAGAAAAUAAUCCAUUUAUUGUGUUUUGUUGAUUACUUAAUAUCAUAUUAGCCUUCUCUCAAAUGAGUAUGCAGUUAACCUUGCUGUGGGUAAUGUUGAUCCCAGGGAGAGCACAACUAUCAGGAAUACCUUUGCACUUCCCAUCAAGGUAAAUUAUAUGCUAACAACUAAUUUAUUCUUUCUAUUUUAUUAACUGAUAAAGCGGAGUAUGCAUCACAUCUUUAAACUAUUUUUAUUCAGAAAAACUUUUAACUUAAACAUUACAGAUAAAAUACUGAGAAGUCUCAAGUGACCUUCUAAACUCUUGACCAUGUGUUGUUUUUAGAAGUGGCUUAUUUACAAUCAUUUAGUUUCUAUUGUGGAAUAAAAAUGUGCUAUAACAUUGGCCUUUUUCAGUUCAUCCCACAUGAAUGUGACAAAUAACUAAUUCUCAAGAAAAUGCUUCCUUCUUCAUUCCUUUAAUCCAAAAAGAACUGAAGAAAGACAAAAAAUAACUAAGGACACCAUUAUUAAUUGAAAUAUACUAAACAAGCUUGCUCAUCACAGCUAUUCACAUGCAGUGCACUUAGUUACAUAAUUUAUACUAAUACUUAUACAGCAUGAAAUAGAGUACUAAGGUGUGACGUCAUAAAAAUGAAAUUUCUGAAAUUAUGGGAUUUGUCAGGGUAUUCUGAAAGAACAAUGUCCAAGAGGCCUACUUGCCAAAAAUGAGCAUUUGGGGGCAAAUUGUCUCUGAGAUCGUAGCCUAGUUAUGCUUACAAAAUUCCAUACAAACCCUUCUAAAUAUUUUUUGGGUCGACCCAAGAAAAAAUUAGAGGGGGUUUGUAGGGAGUUUUCUGAGUAUAACUGGGCUACGAUCUCAGAGACAAUUUGCCCCAAAAUGCUCAUUUUUGGCAAGUAGGUCUCUUGGACAUUGUUCUUUCAGAAUAUCCUGACAAAUCCCAUAAUUUCAGAAAUUUCAUUUUUAUGACGUCAUCACUUUAGUACUCUAUAAGGAAUGCUUUUUAUUACAACCAUUUUUCUGUAGAAGGGUUUGUGGCAGCCUAGAGACCUGGCAUUAACAGUUUCAAGUCUUGGACAAGAUAACAUUGAGUGGACUAUUCCGUCAUUCCCUGUUCUGACGAUAGAAUUUGUAAAAGGAACUGUUUCUAUAACUGGUAGAAGGACAGGGUGGCCUGCGCUAUUCCAAGCUGAUGACAGUGGACGGACAAAAUGUGGAGAUGAAAUCAUUGCUCAAAAAUGGUGUAACAUUGUGGUUGAAAACAUCACAUAUUUGGUCAUUUGGGAAUUUAGACGGUCUGAACCAGUAGAGCCGGAGGAUCAUUCAAUUGUUAAUGCUGAUGAUUCUGAUGAUUCAAAUGAGGAGAACGAUUCUUCAGAAAUUGAGCAUACUGUUCCUUUCAAAGUACUUGGUACUGCAUAUAAAGGACGACAAAUUAUCCUUAAAAAUGCAUACGAGUGUUUGGAAAAUAACAAAGAUGUACAAGCGCAGCUCCAACCAGAGCCUGAAAAUGAUUAUGACCAAAAUGCAAUAGCCGUAUUAAUAAACUGUGGUAGUGGUUGGAACAAAGUUGGUUACAUUGCCAAAGAGUUAACAAGUGACAUACACCCUAUCAUUGAAAGAAACAACAUCAAAGUAACUGUUGCACGCAUUCGCUUUAGAGUAAACUACUUGUUAGUUGGCUUUUAUGUAACCUUAAAUAUCACUAAAAGGGACCCUGGAGCUCCAAAGUUGUCAGGGCCUCAAGAAAAGUCCAGUAAAACUUUACACGUGUAA